UGAUUUUUCGUUUUGCAGAACACUGUUACAAGAGCUGGAGUUGCGUGUUGCGUGAUGCAGACGCAAAUGCAGAAGAGCGCUAAUCAAUAGCCGUUGAAUGCCGCAGUUCGUCCAAUGGCAUCUGGUAAUAUGAGGCCUAGGCACCUUCAAAACUUCCAACAACCACAGCAUGUGCGGUAUCAUAAACCACAGAAAAGACAUAACGAAAAAGUCGAAGAGAACGCGGAAGUUUCUGAGACGUACGCUGAUUACCUACCACCCGUCAAAAUUACACGGAAAGAUCCAGAUCUGGUUGUGGAAACCGCGUCGCAUUUACCAUUGGCAGCUGUAGCUGAUCGUCCAAUCGUCAGUGCCAAAAUGAUCAAUCAAGAGCAAAGGUUUGCAUUUUUUAAGAAGAAAAAGGAGAAGAAAAUGCAGAAGAAGAUACAGAAGAAGGUGGAGAAAAAGAAAGCGGAAGAAGCAGCUGAAGCUGCCACUCGUAUCCUGAUAAGAAACCAUUAUGGCAGGAAUGACAACGAUCUAUACGGCGAAAAGGAUGACUUGAUGACCAAAUGGGUCUAAAAGCAGCUACCUGUAGUUUAACGUAAAAACUUUAACGUUUUUAAAUUUUAAUCCGUUAUUUUUAAAGUUUCUUA